UUCCAGACAUGAGCACCCUGCGGUACAGCUGUGAUGCGACAGAAGAUUUGAUGCAGUGGGUGAACGACAAUGAAGGAAGCAAGUUUGUGGAGCCUCAGACGUUAGCUGAUAUAAUGAAAUGGAGCCCUGACAUCAGAAAUUUAGUUUUGAAAAAAGAAAAUGAUAAUCAUCCAGAACUUAGCUCCAAGACAGAAAUACUUGUCUUGGAACACAAUCAAAAUACAGACCAGUUCAUGAAACCAAAUGGGAUCGGCAACAACGAAGCAAAUUACCAUGACAUUAACGAAAAUACUAUGCUCUUAUGUAAAGAUGUCAAGCCUGAUUUUGGAAACCACUCCAUGGGCAGUUAUCCUGAUGAAGCAUCAGGCACUGUUUGUAGAACGUGUUCUAUGCACAGAUUUGCAUCGUGCUCUGCCCAUGGUUCUUGGAAUGAUGAAAUGAAAUCAAUUUCAGGACUCAAUAAUAUUUUUGAAUACCUUAACAAGCUACAGACACCGUGCAAAGAUGAACCAGACACUUAUCCUGUCGCAGAGACACCUCAUUCCCCUACACAAGUCACCAUGCCUGACAGAGACAACGCUAAUAACGACUAUUGCAAAGUCAGAAAUGAUGUGGUUGAGCUUGUUGACAGAGAGUUUGCAGAAAUAUUCGGCGUUUGUCAAAAGAAACACGACGGUGAUAACACACUGAGCAGCAUUUGUGAUUUCUUCGAUUUUCCAAAAGAACUGGCAGCCAAGGAAUACAAACCUCUGCAAUUUCAAAAAAUCAAAUUUUAUUCUGAACUAACUUGCAAGCUACUUGCGUGUUUCGAGGAGGUUUAUUUGCAACUUCCAGAUAACAACACGCUAAAAAAUUGCGUGAGAAAAUGUUUCUUGAAAAAACUUCACAAUUUCGACUUAUGCCGUGCACCUCGACCCCGCCGCCAACGCCCGACAGUCGGGAAAACUGCACGAUCUCCCAAACAUCCGGACGCACUUGCAUCUGUAUUUCGCAUUCCUUCUUGGACCCGGCGCAGGAACAAAACCGCACGAAGAAAGGGAAAGAAAGCCAAGACCAGAAGGAAAAAGCAAACUCCUCGUCCUCCAGUAGUGACAGCUUCAAGAGCUGCUUCGGAGAUCGUCUCUGAUGUUGACAAAGACGAAGUCGCGAAUAACUCAGGACAGGGUUUGGUCACUCGCGUAUCGCCAUCUGAAGACCCUGAUCUUGAGACUCCAACGAGCACACUGGAAAACGACGGGUACUUGGAAUCAGUGACGUUUGAUGUCGAAUCUCGCCGUGAAUUCUACGCGCUCGAGGACGGUGAAGGUCUUCGUGGAUUUUCCCAGAAUUGUGAAACUGCAGAUGGUAGGGAACUGGCGUUGGCCGAGCUCGAUGGCGGAGUCAUCGUGGCGCCGGAGAAGAGUGGGAUUGGUGGUUGCAGUCUGCCAGCGGUGGAUGAAGGCUCGCGCGCGCCCGGGGAAGACGUGUCGGCGGGGAAAGAAACACCCAAGCCCGCCAGGUCCAGGGAAGCCGCGAGAGGCGGUCCGUCCAGGAAGCGAUCCCCGAGGACCCCGGCAAGCGGAAGGAGUGGCGGUGCGACUCUGCCUUCAAGAAACUGGUCCGAGCUGAAAGAAGAGUGGAGCUCGCAGAGGGUCAGGAGGCGCGGGAUCAACCAGGACACCGUCAGGAAGUUGGAGUCGAUCCUCUCCGCAAUCAAGAACAUGAGGGAGGCGGAUUUCAUCCUCAAGUACGACAUGAGCAAAGAGGUGCCGAGCUACCCCCACACAAACCCCAUGAAUCUGAUGGAGAUAUCGUCCAAGCUGAGGCGCAGGAUCUACGAGACGGUCGAACAGGCGGUGCACGACUUCCGGCGCAUUCUGUACAACAUCCGCCGUCACUACGAGCUCGGCGAGCAGGCGGCUGGCUUCCUCGCCGACAGCUGCGCCAUCGGGCGGCGCUUCGACGCGCUCCUGGCCGAGAACUUCGGCGGCCGCUGCUACCGCGACGUCAGCGGCGACCCCGAGGAGCUGCGCACCAACCCGGUGCUGCGCUACAGGGUCUGGGACCUCGAGUCCUAGUCCCCCUAGUCCCCCUAGUCCCCAUCCCGCCGGGCGCGCAGCUCGGCGCAGGUUCGUCGCGGCGGUUGUCGUCGCGGCGACGUGUUUCAGUGAUGCUCGUCGGACAUGUAUUACAUCUAACCUCUGUAAGGUUGAAUUCUCGACAAUGUGACAAAUGUACGCGAAUGGUGUUUUCAACUACGUGCCUUUGACGCGAAUCUCACGUAGUUUCCGCACCCGCCGCUAGAAUUCGCUGCCGGAGCAGCUACGUCGAUUAGAAGACAGAAAUUUUAAACUACAUAAUGAAACUGCUCCAAUAAAAGCGAGAAAGACUUUGAAAUAUACGCAAUGAUUUUUUAUUAUUAAAAAAAUUAUUAAAAUUAUUAUUAAAAUCUUCUUUGAAAUUCAUUAAUCAGGUACUUAAUACUAAAAAAAAAAA